GAGGAUUGUUGGAGAGGAAAACAAGUGUCGGCAAAAUGGCUGACAAAUUCGCUCGCUUCAAUGAGGAUCGGGAUUUCCAGGGAAAUCACUUUGAUCAGUAUGAAGAAGGACAUCUGGAAAUUGAACAGGCAUCCUUGGACAAGCCCAUAGAAUCGGACAACAUUGGACACCGUUUACUUCAGAAGCAUGGAUGGAAGCUUGGCCAAGGACUGGGGAAGUCUCUCCAGGGAAGGACAGAUCCCAUUCCUAUUAUUGUCAAGUAUGAUGUCAUGGGCAUGGGCCGUAUGGAAAUGGAGCUUGAUUAUGCAGAUGAUGCAACAGAGCGGCGUCGUGUUAUGGAAGUAGAGAAGCAGGACACGGAAGAACUCCGGCAAAAAUAUAAGGAUUAUGCUGAAAAAGAAAAAGCAAUUGCAAAAGCUUUAGAAGACCUGAGAGCAAAUUUUUACUGUGAAUUGUGUGAUAAGCAGUAUCAAAAACAUCACGAGUUUGACAACCACAUAAAUUCCUACGACCAUGCUCAUAAGCAGAGAUUGAAAGACUUAAAGCAAAGAGAAUUUGCUCGCAAUGUUUCCUCAAGAUCUCGAAAAGAUGAGAAAAAGCAGGAGAAGGCACUUCGACGGCUUCAUGAACUUGCAGAGCAGCGUAAACAACAGGAAUGUGCCCCAGGUAGUGGCCCGAUGUUCAGAGCUACGACUGUGGCAGUUGAUGAAGAUGCUAAUGACAGGAAUGUUCUCGGUGCAAGUGAUAACAGUGGAAGGAAGACAAGUGGAUCCACAUCACCAUCUGUUAACAGGAAUGUAUCUGACAGCGUCUCAGGAGAUAGCAAAGGAGAAACUGACAACACAGGUCAUUGCAUUAGUGGAAGCUCUGCUAGUUCAGGUCAGAGCAGCCAGCCAGUACAAUCUUUUAGCAUCAGUCAGCUUAAGAACAAUUCUGGCGUGCCCAUGCCCUUACAGAAACUAGGAGUAUCAUUUUCUUUUGCAAAAAAGGUCCCUGUCAGGCUUGACGUUUCAGCUUCAGUGUUCAGCGAUGUUGCAGAGGAGCCAAAUGAAUCUGAAACAGCAAAUCCUGAUGAAAAAGUGUCCUCUGGUCAAGGAUCACCAAAGUCAAUGGAGGUUGAAGCUAUAGCAAACUCUGAUAAGGCUGAAGGGGCAAGUCAGUCAGAAAGUGAUAAUGACUCCAUAAAUAGUACCUUGUCAAAGUUGAAAAAGAUGAUGAAAAAAGAGGAUGAAACUAAUCAGUCAGAACCCCAAUAUUAUCAUUACAUUCCUCCUGCACAUUGUAAAGUGAAACCCAAUUUUCCAUUUCUUUUGUUUAUGAAAGCUACAGAAGAAUCAAGUAAGUGUGGCAAUAAGAAUAUAGAGCCUCCAAAAAAUAAUCCAGAUAUACAAAAUAAUUUGAAUCCUCAGGAAAACAAAGAAAGUGAGACAGCUGCUGUACAGCAGGACAAAGACACGGCCAAACCAGCAACAACUGCAGAGCCUGAUAAAGACACAAAAUCCCUUGAAACCAUGAGUACGGAGAACUGUGAGGCCACACUAGCAAAGUCUAGUGUUUGUGAAGAAGGAAACCAAGAUAGUUCAGCAAAUAAGGAAGUCAUCAAUGGACCUAAACAGCCAACGGGGCCCUUUUUCCCAGUUCUAAGCAAAGAUGAAAGUACCACACUUCAGUGGCCCUCAGAAUUGCUGAUGAUUACAAAGAGUGAACCAUGCAUCUCUUAUAGUUGCAAUCCCCUCUACUUUGAGUUUAAACUGGCCCGGAACAGGGAUGCUAAAGGAAAAAACAAAGAAAAAGACCGCGAGAGUUCACUUGGGCAGAGUCUUGAUCAAGAUUCACAGGACAAGUGUAGUAUAAACACCAGUAAAGCUGCAUCGAAAGCAACAGUAAGUGAGAGUGAUGCUAAACCACAAGAGCAACCUUCCUUGAGUGCAAAAAAAUCUGAAAUCCAAGCUGACGAUGGUGACAGGAACACUAGUAAUAAAGGCAAGAGCAUGAAAUUACACAAGCAUAAAAAGAAAAAGAAGCACAAAAAAUCUAACAAACAUUUAAAAGAGAAAAGUCAUGAGAAAAAGGAUAAGCAAAAAGAUGGCGAAGCACGUGAUGGAAAUUCAAAAAAAAGGAAAAAACGUAAACGCAAGAGUAAAAACACAAAUGAGAAAAGCAAAGACACUGCUACAGGACUUCCCGUGCAGAUGGCUACAAUAAAGUUUAGUGAGGAGAGUAGUCACAUGCAGAAGAAAAGGCGCAGGUCACAAGAUGAUUCGGAACGUGCCCCUGCUGUUGUUGAAGGUAGUAGCAGAAGUAGUAGCAGUAGUAGUAGAAAGGAAGAUUGUUCUCAGGAACCCAGUAACAAAAAGCAGAAAACAGGUAUGUGUAGUGAAUUAAGGAAGAGGACAUCUGGUCAGAAAGAGAGCCGAACUAGGCAUAGGAGCAGAGAGAGCAGCAGAGAUGAAGAAUCUGAUAGUUAUGAUGAAUCUCACAGAAAACGUUCAAGGCAAAAGUCGUCCUCCCAGUACAGUGACGAUUAUGAUUCAAGAAGUGACAGAAGUUACUCCAGUAGAUCAAGGAGACGUCGCUCAUCAUCCCAUCGAUCAUCACGUAGAUCAUACUCAUCUGGAUCUGAUGUUUCCUCAGACUGUAGCAGGUAUAGUCGUCGAAGGAGUUAUUCUGAUUCUUACAGUGACUACAGCUAUAGGUCACAACAUCGUUCUAAGCGAUCACAUGAUUCAGAUUAUGAAUAUAGAAGAUCAAGACACAAAGGGAAAAAGCACAAAUAUUCUUCAUCAGAUGAUGACUACAGACAAAGUAGAAGUGGAUCCAGAAGUAGCAGCAGGGGACGGACCCGAACUCGAACGAGGACCAGGACCAUCAGUAGAAGCCGAAGUAGAACUCGCAGCAGUAGCCACAGUAGGAGCCGAAGUAAGCGACGUAGUCAAAGCGCAACACAGCGAAGCUGGAAAAGAAGUCGGAGCUAUAGCCGCAAACGUAGUGGUAGCACUAGGCACCAUAGCUCAAGAAGGUCAGCUUCAAGAGACAAAGGAUCACACAGCCAUGAUAGCUCCAGUGAUAGACGGUCCAGUCGAAGAAACUCCAGUAGAUCAUUUUCAAGAGAUCGAGUCUAUCGGUCAAAAUCUCCGUGUUACAGCCGAAGCAAAGCAUCAGGGAAGAAAGAUGACCCUUUGAAAAAGGAAGAAAACAAAGAGGAUAGCAUGAGACCAGGCAGUACUUUACCUAGAAAUCCUAGUAGUACCAUCUCUAACACAGGGAAAGUGGAUUUGGAAGAUGAACCAACACAAGAGGAAAGGAAUUCCUUAACGGCUAAACAGCUGUUGGAAAAAAUUCAGUCUAAAAAGGUUGAAAAGAAAUCUGAAACAAAUAGUGAAGCCACAUUAGCUCCUAAUAAAGUAGGCAUUAAACUAAAAGAUCCCCCUCAGGGUUAUUUUGGGCCUAAACUUCCCCCAGCUUUGGGAAAUAAAGCACUGCUUCCUUUAAUAGGAAAACUACCUACAAUCAAAAAGCCUGCAACAAAGAAAGUGGAGGAUUUUUGUUUGGAAAAAGGGGACAAGGAAGAGGAGCAGUUUCUAGCCGAGCCUAAAGAUAUGAUGAAGGAGGAAAUGGGUCAGCAAAUAAGUUGGACUGCGCAUGAAGAUACUUCAAUCGGAGAAGAAAAAUCCGAAAACGAAGAAGCGCCAGCUGCAGGUGAGAAAAUCCAACCAGUUUCGUGUCAAACCCAAUUUGUUCACAAAGGAUUCAAGUUGGAAUCUCAAACCAUCUCGGAUACCUAUAUUUCCGAUGUGACCACGCAAGUUGAAAUCAUCAAAGAACCUUCUGAAUUAGGACCACCAGAUGCUGGUGAAACUGUUAUGAUGCGUUUUGCACCAGAUCCAGAGCCAUUCUCCAAUUAUAUUCCACAGGCGGAAGUGCAGGAAAUUGAUGAGGAAUCCCAAGAGGACGCAGAUUCAUCAGUGGCCCCACUUGAUAGACAACCAAUAACGUUCACCCCUGAAGAAAUGGAGAAGUACAGUAAACUACAACAGGCAGCUCAACAGCACAUCCAACAACAGCUUCUAGCUAAACAAGUGAAGACUUUUCCUACCUCAACUGCUUUAGCUCCAGCUCCUGCUCUCCAACAAUUUCAUAUUCAGCAGCCAGCAGCAGCUGCAACAGCAACAUCCAUCACCACUGUUCACCAUGCUAUAUUACAGCAUCAAGCUGCAGCAGCUGCUGCCAUGGGAAUUCAUCCACACGCACACCCACAGACACUCACUCAAAUCCAUCACAUACCCCAGCCUCACUUGACCCCCAUUUCACUGUCACACAUCACACCAUCUAUUUACCCAACUCAUCCUGCCACUUUUCUGACUAGCCAUCCAAUACAUAUUAUACCAGCCUCUGCUCUCCACGCCGGCCCCCUAGCUCUCCACCCUGUUCCCCAUGCUCUCUAUCCUGCUCUCUUUGCUCCUCGCCCAGCAGGUGCAGGUGCUUCUGCUCUUCAUCUUCAUCCUUUACUCCAUCCUAUCUUUUCAGGACAGGAGCUCCAACAUCCCCCCAGCCAUGGCACUUGAAGCAAGCUACAGUGAGUGUAAAAAAUUAAGCAUUCUGAUUUCAUUUCACGAAAUAAGUAUACCAGCAGUUAGUUUGGUAUGAAAAUGCUACAUAGUUGCAUUACAGACUGAUCCUUUUUUCAACAGCCAAAGAGUUCAGGCUCAGGCCCAAGAGUAUAUUGCAGAGUUUGUAUACUUGUAAUAUCAGGGAUUCCUGUAUUCUUUUAUUUAACUAAAAAAAAAGGUAAGAACUGAUUAUGUGGAUGUCCCAAAACUCUUAAGUGCAUUGCUAAUCAAGAGAGAAGGUUAUGCAUCUUAAUUAUGACAGAAUGCACCAUAAUUAUAUUCAGUGGGUUGGCCUCCUCUUGCCCCAUUCUAAGUUCCAUCUUAGUGCAAAAAGAAAUGCAUAUCCAUCUUGACCUGCUUCCAUUUUAUAGAAUCCUUGUAAUAUGUACAUUGUUAGGUUGUUUUGGGGUGUUUCUGUUGAGUGGUGAAAGGAUUCUGAUGGAUAUUGAAACUGAGUACUACUUUAACCUCUGACGGCUGAAAAACAUAACCAUGAAAAGUAAAACAUGGUUUAAAUUCUGAUAUUCAUAUAGUCAAUGAUUGGCAUCUGUGGCAGUCAUAUCUCACUGUGGUUCGCCGGAAGAUUCCUGGGAAAAGUAAAGCCAAGGACGAGAGUCUGUGUGUAAAUGCCCUUAUAGGCUCUGCAUAGUCGCUUCACCGGUUUGGAUUGUGAUUGAGAGAAUGCAGUUUUUCGGGCUUUGAUGUAUUAAAGAAAGAAUGGAGCAACCUUCUUGUGACAUCUCAAAAAAUUGCAUUUGUUUGAGAUAAGCUAGCUUUGGUAUACCGAUGGAGGUUGGAGAGAUGUGUAAAAUCUUUAUGAGAAAAGGUCUAUUCCCAUUGCUGUUGUAAAACUCGACAGUCUUUGUAUAAGUUGUAGCUUAUAAUUUAAAAAUGUGGAAAGAAUUGCACUGAACUCUGUACAGGUGAUGCUGCUUUUGUAGGUUCAUCCAAAACAAUGACAUACAUGCAGAGUACUGCAAUAAUAUUUUUUAAAGAUAAAUUCAUUUGGUUUCGUGGUACUGUUCUAACAUAUUGCUUUGUGUAAAUAUGUUUGUAGGUUAAGCAAUCCUUGUAAAGGUAAAUGUCCUAUGUUUCUGUUUAUGGCAGAAGCUAAGCAUGUAUAUUUUACCAAAACCCAUGUAUUUUUUGAAGUUUUUAUGUACUGUAAAUGUAAAAUUUCUUGAAGUUCAGUUUAUUUUGAGUUUUUGCCGAUAAAAAGUAUUCAGUAAAAAAAAAAACGAGCAACUCUGCAAAAAGUGGUGUUUGGGAGAGUCUGUUGAAUCUAUAAGCUAAUGGAUACAGACACAGAAUGGACUGAAAGCUCAAUUAAAUUAUAACUGAUUAGAUUAGAUUAACCGGUAACUACUGUGUUCUUUUUUGGUGAAGCAUAAGUUCAUUUGUUUUUAGGUAACUCAUGCCAUGGAAAGCAUUUGACAUGGUAAUAAAAUCACUUCUCAUUUACAUUAAGUUCUAUUCCCAGACCAAUCAGACAUCUGUUCUGAUGACCCACUUUAGUUUGUCAUGGUCGAGUAUGUUGAACGAAGUGAGUUACCUUCGGUAGCCCACUUUCGCGCAUGGUACUUCACUGCAGUUCAUGUGCUUUACUGUUCGGAAAGCCUUGCCUGCAAUUUCAACCCUAAAAUAAUGUCAUGAAUGUCUGGAUAUCUGGAAAGGCUCUACUGUUUCAGAGUCUAUUACACUGGUAACUGCACAUUGGAGCUAUAUUUACAUAAUUAAAUCAAACUGAAUUUUUCAUCAUUAUGAUCCAGGUUAAUUUACUUCAUAUCCAUUUUAUAGCACGUAUCUAGUAGGGACUUAAGUAUGUUUGCAUUUCAAAUUAUGUUGUUACGCUUGUGCUCGACACAGUAAUUUGAAAAGCUUGUGCUGUCUGCAAUAUGCAUGGCAAAAUAAAUUGAAUUUGUUUUAAAUUCAUGUUUCAAAUUCAGAUAUAGUAGAUAUUAUAAAUGGCUUGCAUAUGGGUUGGGAUAACCAUUUACCAGGUGAUUUCAGUAUUUUGAAUUUUCAUCCAGUAAAACCACACUCGCUACACGAUUCUUCAAAAUUGAUUUAGAAAAAGCUGUGCUCGAAGCAAUCAUUUGGCAUAGAUGGUGGGGGAGGGGGUUUGGUGGUACGUGGGUUGGGUUGGGGGAGUGGGAAGAGAGUUGGAGACGCUGGUGUAUAUGAGGAUGCAAAGAGACUAUUAUAGCAAUAUCUCAAGAGGUUUGCUUGCUAUUACCAGUCAGAUAAUAUUAUGGAGAAUGUAAGCCAGUGCUGGCAAAUACACUAAAACUCAUAACUCUCUGAAAUAGGCUGUCGUACAGGUCUGUAAGAAUAAAAUACCAUGCCGUUUUGUGCAAAUCUGCUGUCAAUCAUCAGUUGUGUGCAAUUGAUUACUUGUAUUUCUCAUUGUUUAUAGUUAGAGACAAAAUAGUUUUUCUUGAGUCUGAGUUCUAAUUCUGUAAUUAUUCUUUGAGUACAGGCGAAGAUUACAAACAAGUCAAAUAGCACUGUUGAGCAGAUCAUGCCACAGUAUCAGUACACUCUUAAUCAUGAUAUUAGGGUGUGUUUAAUAGAGUUAUGUUUCUUUAGAUGACACAUGUUUUCCCAUACAGUCAGUUCUGCUGAUCUUGAGCUUUUUGAUUCAGUUCUUUCUCCUAAACACCCCAACACCUUACAAAGCAGCUUCUUCCAUCUGUUUUUAAAAUGUUAUGUAACAAAAAACUAGAAAGAAAUGUAACUAGCUUAUUGCAUAAACUGCAUAUUUUAUUUAACUUUCUGUCACAAGAACAUGCAGAAUAUUACUGUACAAUAGGAGAAAACCUUUAUAACA